AUGUCAGAUUCCAACACAACUGAAUUGAUGAACCCCUCCACCUUCAUCCUGCUGGGCAUUCCUGGCCUGGAGGCAGUCCACGUCUGGAUCUCCAUUCCCUUCUGCACCAUGUACACCAUAGCCGUCUUGGGGAACUUCACCAUCCUGUUCAUCGUGAAGACGGAGCAGAGCCUCCAUGCGCCCAUGUACUAUUUCCUCUGCAUGCUGGCCGUCACCGACCUGGUCCUGUAUACUUCCACCAUGCCCAAAAUCCUGGCAAUCUUCUGGUUCAAUUCCAGGGAGAUCAAUUUCAGUGCCUGCCUCACCCAGAUGUACUUCAUUCACUGCUUCUCAGCAAUGGAGUCUGGGAUCCUCGUGGCCAUGGCCUUGGAUCGCUACGUGGCCAUCUGCCAUCCCCUGAGACAUUCCACCAUCCUCACAAACCCUGUGGUGGUCAAGAUUGGCCUAGCCGUGGUGCUGCGUGGCAGCAUGGUCGUACUGCCCUAUCCCUUCUUGGUAAGACAGUGGCCAUAUUGCACAACCAACCUCAUCCCCGACCCGUACUGCGCACACAUAGCUGUGGUGAAUCUGGCCUGCGCCGACACCCGCGUCAGUAGUUACUAUGGACUGUUUGUGACAUUCUGUGUGACAGGUCUGGAUGGGAUUUUUAUCGCUGUGUCCUAUACCCAGAUCCUCAGGGCCAUCUUCAGCCUCCCCACAAAGGACGCCCGGCUCAAGACUUUUGAAACCUGCGGCUCCCACCUCUGUGUCAUUUUAGCCUUUUACAUCCCACAUCUCUUCAUCUCCCUCAUGUACAGAUUUGCCCGGAAUGUGCCCCUGCAUUUCCACGUUCUCAUUGCCAGUGUGUACCUCUUCAUGCCCCCCAUGCUAAACCCCAUCAUCUAUGGGGUGAGGACCAAACAGAUCCGGGACAGGCUGCUCCGGCUCUUUACUCAUAAAGGGGCCUAA